CAUGCCAACACUGUGCGUCUCCACUCAUGAUUGUGCAUUUUUUUUAUCUUCUUACAGAUUUAGAUGAGUAGGCCAGGACAAACUGUAGUAACCUGAGAACUGAUAUUGGUUUAGGAUAUAAUAAUCCAAACCAACUGGUGGCUCAUUGGUGCAGUGGUUAGCACUUUUUCCACAGUUAGAAAGCUGACGAGUUAAUAUUUAAUUGAAGGCAAAACAAGUACAUUUUACACCACGUGAUUUCUUUUGAAAGUUUUUUCUACGCAGUUUGUAGCAUCUGAAUUCUUUGUGAUCUUUCUCAGUCUGCUCUGUAGACGUGUCGUUUUGUGCUCCCUGCUCUCUCUCACCAUGGCGGACAAAACCCCAAAAAACGAAGGCCUGCAACUGAAGAGGCAGAUUGGAUUGAUUGGUGGAGUAGCAAUAGUUUCUGGAACCAUGAUUGGAUCCGGUAUCUUCAUGUCCCCACAGUAUGUCCUGGCGUAUGUGGGAAGUCCUGGGGCCAGCAUGUUAAUCUGGUUUUUUUCAGGUGUUGUGGCUUUGCUUGCAGCUCUCUCCUACACUGAGCUUGGGACCAUUAUUCCUGAAUCUGGUGGGGAAUUUACUUACAUCCUGAGGAUCUAUGGUUCAUUCCCAGCCUUCUUUGCGGCAAUCACUUUCAUCCUGCUUUUGAAACCUUCCAGCAUUGCAGCAAAAUCAAUGACCAUUGCACAGUAUGUCAUGGCUCCCUUUUACCCAGGCUGCCCACCUCCUCAGCUGGCUGUGAAAUGCUUUGCAGCUUUUAGUAUUCUGGUAGUUGCCAUUACCAACAUCCUGAAUGUCCGAUUUGCUCUGAGAGUGCAGGUGAUCUUCUUGGUGGCCAAAGUGUUUUCACUCACUUUCAUUGUAAUUGGAGGGCUAGUGAAAGUCAUACAGAGCAGCACUGUGAUCGAGGAAAAUUUUAACAUUGAGAAUGCUUUUCAAGGAACUCAGUUUUCUUUGAACACUCUGGGAAAGGCUUUACUUCAAGGCCUCUGGUCUUACGGUGGCUGGAGCAACUUGAAUUAUGUGACUGAGGAGCUGAACAAACCAGAGGUGAAUCUUCCUCGGGCGGUGCUGAUAGCCAUUUCUCUUGUGACUACUUUGUACCUGCUGGUGAAUGUGAGCUAUCUGGCAGUAAUGACGCCUAAAGAGCUCGUGUCCUCAAGCGCGGUAGCAGUUACCUGGGGGAAUAAGGUGCUGGGCAGCUGGGGCUGGGUCAUGUCUGUGGCCGCAGCCUUGUCAGCUUUCGGUUCUCUAAACGGGACGUUCUUCAGCGGCGGCCGUGUGUGCUUUGUUGCUGCCCGGGAAGGACACAUGCCAGAUAUUCUGUCCAUGGCCCACGUCCACAGACUGACUCCAUCUCCGGCGCUGAUCUUCACCACAAUAAUCUCUCUGGUGGUGCUGAUUCCUGGAGACUUUCAGAGUAUCGUCAACUACUUCAGUUUUAGUGCCUGGUUUUUCUAUGCCAUUGUCCUGUCUGGGCUCAUCUAUCUCAAAAUCAAGAAGAAGGACCUCCCAAGGUCGUACAAGGUUCCCAUUGUAAUUCCUAUACUGGUCCUCAUUGCAGCGAUAUUCCUCGUGCUGGCACCCAUCAUAGACAAUCCUCAGAUUGAGUACCUCUACGUGGCUUUAUUUAUCUCAAGUGGCAUUGUACUCUACAUACCCUUCAUCCAUUACAAGCUCUGCCCAAGAGUGCUGGACAAGUUAACAGUGUUCUUGCAGCUCUUCUUAGAGGUCGCCCCUGCAGACAAAAACCUGUAAUUUCUACUGAACACACAUGGAUAACAUGCAGAUAACUGAAAGCUACCAAUAAAAUAAGCCUUUUUCCAUGAAUUAUCCUUGCAUGUUAAAUUACAUCUGAUAAUGCAGUGUUGCUGUUUUAUUUAAAGGUGCAUUUAAAGUGUUUUACUUGCAUUUUUAAAUUGAUGUUAUUGUAAAUUCACAACUUUCAUUUAAGCUCAUUGUAAAAGAUCGUUUGCAAGAUGUUUAAGUUCAAAAUUCAUUAAGAUUUACAGGGGGACACAAAUCCAUAUUUGUCAUUGAAAAACAUUGAUUAUCUUUUUUUAAUACAAUAAACACUAAAACACGCUAUAAUUCAGCAUUGCAGGGGACCUUACAGCUCUGCCAUUUACUGCAUGUCAGUCAUACCUUGCUGUCACUUUAUAAUCAACAAAAAAAUAAAGUAUUUCAAACAUA